AAGUUACCAAUAGGAUGUUGAGUACAUGACCUGACACCCUUUCGCAGGGCGAUGAGAAGCUCUUCACUAGCAGCAACAGUCUGAAUCUCUGCACACGACUUGGGUCAUCCAAGGAAGGACUAAUUGGAUUGGGAGUAGAAUUCUCACCACCUGUCAUCUCAUCUGUACAAACUCUUCGCCUAGAGUAAACUUGCCCAAAUAAACGAUUGCACUUCUCUUCUGCCUCAAUGGAACACUCUCCAUUUUUCUCCUGUUCAUGCACCUCACUAGAUGGACCAUUUUUCUCCUGUUCAUGCACCUCACUAGAUGGACCAACGGAGUCACGCCUGUAGUCCAAAAAAUCUGUAAACUGAAUUUCCUGACUCGGAGAAUACUCUUCCCGUGACAUAGAGUACUCCCCCUGAAGAGGAUUCUCACCAAAAUAGGAAACAUGUUCAAGGAAAGUGACAUCUUUGGUAACAUAGGCCCGACCAGUGGAAGGGUCUCGACACUUGUACCCUUUUUGAGUGGGAGAAUACCCUAAAAAAAUGCCCUUAAUAGAUCUUGGAUCAAGCUUUUUAAUGUGAGGACUAUGAUUGUGAAUAAAGCAAACACAACCAAAAACUCUGAGUGGAAGAGAGAAAGGUUCACGAGUCCCCGAUAACAGAGAGUGAGGCGUCUUCCCAUUCAACACACGACUAGGCAACCGGUUUAUAAGAUACGCACUGGUCAGCACAGCAUCCCCCCAAUACUUUUUUGGAACAUGACGUUGAAAAAGAAGAGCCCGAGUCAUAUUCAAUAACUGACGAUUUUUUUGUUCAGCAACUCCAUUUUGAGGAGGGGUAUAACUACAAGAAGUCUCAUGAACAAUUCCCUUUUUUCGAAAGAAGCUAUCAACAGACUGGCACAUAUACUCUCGAGCAUUGUCAGAUCGAAAUGUCUUAACAGAUGCUCCAUAUUGAGUUUCCACAUAAGCAAUGAAAGUCUCUAUGACAGUAGGAACUUCACUACGGUCUUUCAGCAAGUAGAUAAUAGUGUUACGAGAAUAAUCAUCUAUAAAUGUGAUAAAAUAUUGAAACCCAUGACAAGAAGGAAUCCCUGCAGGCCCCCACACAUCAGAAUGAAUCAUGGCAAAUACCUCAUUAGACCGAUGGCUAGACAAAGGGUAUGAAGCCCUAACAUGUUUGGCCAGGUGACAGACAUCACAAGACACCAUAGUCAUAUCUAACCUGGAACAUAUAUCAGGAAACAACUGUCUAAGAAGGCCAAAAGGCAAGUGUCCAAGGUGCUCAUGCCACCGUAGAAGCAACUGAAGGGAGUCCUCUCUAUUCUUCGUGGCUUGGCUGACUGCCGUCAUGAGAGCAUGAGCAGCACGCAUAGGUAAACGAUAGAGCCCGUCAGAAGCUAGACCAAUCCCAAUCCUCUUCCCUGUCACCAAGUCCUGCAUAACAUAGCGAUCAGCGGAAAAUAUAAGUUCGCAAUUUAACUCAUUCGUGAUCUUGCUAACCGACAAGAGAUUCAAGGGAAUAUGAGGAACAUGUAGAGCAUUGUGGACUAAGAACUUGUUCAAAAGUGGGAGACUCCCUUUUCCAGCCACAGAGAUAGAUGAACCAUCGGCAAGGGAAACACGAUCCUUUCCUGAUGAAAGCUUAUACCCAUGAAAGACCUUAGGAUCGCCGGUCAUGUGGUGAGUAGCGCCACUGUCAAUGAUCCACUCUUCCAUACGGCAAUCCGCCAUAACGUCUAUAGAUGAAGAAGCUGCCAUAAUCACAGAUAGUCCAACAGGAGGCACGAGCAGCGAUACAACAAGAGAGGCACCGAUGACAACGGAGAGCACCAACGGGCAGUAAUAUCCGGAUUCCCAAUCAGCCCCAAGAGUGAGCGGAAUGUCGAUUGGGGGAAACGAUCGUCGAUGUCGCUCGACGGAAACGGUGCCUUCUCUCUCUCGGGCUGCAAUCUCCCACAGGUAGAGGUUGCGCCACACGUUCUCCUUGUUGGAAUCAAGAUCCAAGAGGCAAAACCCAACAAAUAUCAAGGUAUAGAAGUGAAUAGGAAAUCAACUUCGAGACGAGGAAAGCCUUCACUCGUAAGACCAAUUUAACCCCGGUCUUUUGUAAGGAAAGGGGGAUGCGAUCGCCGGAGCGCCGGCGGACGUUGAGGCAAUCCUCAAGUUACGCUCCUCUCCUCCUUUACGUCCUCUACCAAGUCACGGACCAGCCACCUCUUCUUGCACGGUGGGCGCCAAAAAAAAAACAAGAAGAUGGAAUCAAAGAUCAACCAAGCAAUAUAUUGCAGGUAAGAGGCAGAUGCACUUCACCGGAUUUGCAAAAGACCCCUAGGAAGUGACGUGUAUAGGGGGAGGCAAGCCUAGGAAGCGCCUAAGCACGCAUAUCUUCUUUCUUCUCCGGGAAGCAAGACUACGGCGCGAAAGGCAGUGGCGCAAGGGACAACGGUGACGGCGACGGUCAACAACGCAAGAGCGACUGCGAUGGCGAUGGCGCAAAGGGUGACACCGGCGGCGGCGGAAACAGCGACGGUGGUAUUGGGUACAGCGGCGGCGGUGGCAGUGGCAGCGGCGGCGGCGGCGACUGUAGUGGUGGCGAUGGUAGCGGUGAGAGAUAUUAGGGUUGGAACUUCACAACCCCUAAAAGUUUCCCAAAUUCGUCGGCUUUGAUACCAUGUAGAAACACGAACAAGAAGAGGAAGAGAAACAACGAUCACGAUGUAACGUGGAAAACCCUCAACAAGAGGGAAAAAACCACGAAUGAGGAGGAGCCGGUGCCCACUAGCCGCCAGACUCUCUCUCUCCUUAGUCUUUCAUUCACACCAUAAGGAUUAGGGUUACACGACUUAAAUAAUGCCCAACAAGGGCUACAAGUUGGAUCGGAUACGGAUCCGGACCCGGUCCCGAGACCCAUCUAACAUACUUCAACAGUUCGAAUUAUGAAAUCUGGUCCAGGGUAUUUAUGAUGUCUGUGGCUGGUCAUAGAAAGAAAUAUAUUAUUGAAGAAGAUGAACCCCUUGAGAAAAAAGGGAAAUAUGCUGCGUGGGAUGAAGAUAAUAACAAUGUAAUGGCAUGGAUUAUGAACAGUAUAGAGUUCUGUAUAGCUCCAACAAUUGCAUACUACACCAAAGCUAAAGAUAUGUGGUCUUGCCUAAAGAAGACGUAUUCUCAUGCUACUAAUGUUAUUAAAAUUUUACAAUUGGAAGAGGAGCUUUGUAACAUAUGACAAGGAGAUCAAGAUCUGUCACAGUAUUUUGCUACAUUGACGACUGCAUAUGAACUAUUAAAAGCUCUUCGCCCACCUUGCAAGCACUGUUAUGCAUCACAUUUUGAAAUUGGUAUGGUAGCAAAGUUUCUUUCUGGGUUAUCUUUGGAGUAUUUUGUGGCGAAGUCUCAAAUUCUCACAGGCAGUGACCUCCCAGACUUAGCAAAUACUUAUGUAGUCACUCUUACUGAGCUUAUGCAUGACACCCCAGUCUCUGCACUUGUGAUGUCAGGAGGACGUAGCCAUAGUUCUUUUGUUGAAACUAGGGGAUGUGGGAGAUUUCAGUGCUCUUAUUGUGGUAAAUUAGGACAUCUAGAGGACUGAUGUUGGGACAAGCAUCCUCAUCUCCGUUCUGUUGGUCCACCAGGACGUGGUGGAGGGAGAACGAGUACAGGAAAAGGGUCUUCUUCUUCUACUGCAACUUCCUCACAGGCUACAACUUCUAUGGUUGAGUCUCCUACCUGUUCUCCAUCGUAUUCACUCAACUUAAGUAAGGAAGAAUAUGAGCUGGUUCUAGCUCAGAGGUCUACCCCUGCUUCGACCAACACAGCUGCAAUAGGUUCGACUUUCUCUGUUAGUGCCCCUACCAGUGACCCAGGUAUGAUAUGGAUGAUUGACUCAGGAGCAUCCAAGCAUUGUUGUAAUCAGCCACAGAUGUUUUAAUCGUUCACCAGGUUCACUAUACCACAACACGUUACGUUGGCUGAUGGCAAGUUGUCCCCUAUCUUGGGCAGCGGUGAUAUCUACCUCACACCUUUUGGCACAAUUACACAUGUGCUAUAUGCUCCUCGAUUUCCUGUUAAACUGCUAUCUGUUAAGCAAUUGGCUAGAGAUUUACAGUGCAGAGUCAUUUUUUAUCCUGGUUCAUGUUCUUUUCAGGACUUACAAAUUGGGAAGAUGAUUGGUAGCGGCCAUGAACGCGAGAGGCUCUAUUUCCUUUCUGUCCCUGUAGAUGUUGCUGCAUCCUUUUUCACAUCGAAGCCUUUUCCUUUGCAGUGGCAUCUCAGACUGGGUCAUCCACUGUGUCCAAGCUUCGUCGCAUCUUUCCAGAUAUUUUUGCAUCGAGUCUUUCUUAUGUGAUGCGUGCCAGUUAGGCAAACAUACACGUAGUAGUUUCCCUUCGAGUCAGAGUCCAUCGAGUCAAAGUCCGUUUGAUCUUCUUCAUGUUGAUGUUUGGGGUCCAAGUAAAGUUUCCUUUCGUUCAUGUUUCUGGUAUUACCUUGUUCUAGUUGAUGAUUUCACUAGAGUCAGUUGGGUAUUUUUGUUACGGGACAGGUCUAAAGUCAUUUGUAUCCUUUAGAAAUUUGUCAAUAAAAUAAAAACUCAGUUUGGUGUUAUUGUAAAAAAUGUUCGCACUGAUGAUGCUCUUGAAUUUAAAUCUUCAGUUCUACUUCAGUUUUAUGCCAAUCAUGGGAUUCGACCACAAUAUACAUGUCCCCACACAUCCGAACAAAAUGGUGUUGCUGAAUGCAAACAUCGACAACUUCUAAAUGUGGCCCGCACCCUCAUGUUGCAUAUUCAUAUGCCUGCCUACUUUUGGGGUGAUGCCAUUCUUACCGCUUGCUACCUCACCAAUAGAUUGCCCUCGUUUGCCAUCCAAGAACGCAUCCCCAUUCAAAUACUAUAUCCAGAUCGACCAUUAUUUCAUAUACAUCCCAAAGUAUUUGGAUGCAAUUGCUUUGCAUAUAUCUUGGGCCCAAACAAAAACAAACUUACUGCCCAAGUUGUCAAAUGUGUGUUCAUUGGAUAUUCUGCUAAUCAAAAAGGCUAUCGUUGCUUUGAUCCCCAUAACAAGAAAGAGAUUGUCAGUGCGGAUGUUACAUUCUUUGAGUCUCGUCCUUGUUUUUUUGCUCCAAGUACCACUAUUUCUGAGCUUCCUGUGUCUGUUCCUCUUCCUAUUCCACCAGUAUCACUUGAGUCUAUUCCUUCCUCUCAACCACUGUUAGGUGAUCGUUUUCUUGAUCCUCCAUUAGUCUGUACUCGGCGUCAAGGUCUCUCUUCAAACCGCCCACCAGAAUCUCAUGAGGUAAGUUCCUAUGGUAAGAUUGACUCAGGAAGGAAUGAUGACUAUUAUGCAGAUGAUCUACCUAUUGCUAUUCGCAAGGGCCAACGACAAUGCACAAGGCAUCCGAUUUCUAACUCGGUUUCUAUGGACCAUUUGAGCACAAGUUUGGUGCAGUUUGAUCGAGCUAUGACUAGUCACACUAUUCUGACCUCUCACCACCAAGUGUUAUUAGAUUCACGAUGGAAGCAUGCUAUGCAGGACGAAAUGGAUGCUCUUCUUUCUAGGGAGACUUGGGACUUGGUGGACCCACCGAUGAAUUGUGAUGUUGUUGCUCCAAAUGGGUAUUCACCAUCAAAUAUCAUUCUGAUGGGUCCGUAGAGCGAUUCAAAGCCCGUCUUGUUGCUAAAGGCUAUACACAGACUUAUGGGGUAGACUUUUUUGAGACGUUUUCGCCUGUGGCACGGCUAGGUACUAUUCACAUAGUUAUAUCUCUUGCAGUCUAGCAAGAUUGGCCUCUUUUUUAGCUUGAUGUGAAAAAUGCAUUUCUAUAUGGUGAUCUGUCUGAAACAGUCUAUAUACAACAACCACCUGGUUUUGAACGACAGGAGGAGUGUUCCAAGGUAUGCAAACUCAAAAAGGCUAUCUAUAGACUUUAACAAAGUCCCCGUGCAUGGUUCCAUAAGCUAAGUGAGGUUGUCUUUAAAUGUGGAUUUCAAAGAUCUCAGCUUGAUCACUCGUUAUUUAUCAAGAGAGGGACUUCUGGUAUAGUGAUAUUGAUUAUAUAUGUUGAUGAUAUUGUCCUGGAGAAAGUGCUCAAGAGAUAGCUCAGACAAAGGAGUUUCUACAGAAACACUUUGUCACAAAAGAUCUUGGUCAACUUCAUUAUUUCCUUGGUAUUGAAGUGGCUCAUAGUAGUAAAGGGAUUGUGUUGUCUCAAAGGAAAUAUGUUCUUGAUCUUCUGCAGAAAAAAAGGUUAUUGAGAGCCAAACCUGCUACACUUCCUAUGAAUCCUCAAAUUCAUAUGCACGAUGAUGAAUCAGAGGCUUUUGACUCUCGUUCUUACAGAUCUCUGAUAGGAAAACUUUUAUAUUUGAUCAUCACUCGUCCAGACAUCAACUUUGCUGUAAAUAAGCUUAGUCAAUUCAUGGAGAAACCUUGAAAAGUUCAUUGGGAGGCUGCUUUAAUGGUGAUAAAAUACUUGAAAUCGGCCCCCGAAAAGAGGUUAUGGUUCAAAAAAGGAGAAUGUGUGGACAUAGAAGCAUAUAGUGAUGCUGAUUAUGCAGGGUCAAUAAAUGACAGGAGAUCUACUACAGGUUUUUGCAUCUUUAUUGGCAGGAAUCUUAUUUCUUGAAGGAGCAAGAAACAAAAUGUGGUUGCUAGAUUGAGUGCCGAGUCUGAUUAUAGGGCAAUAGCUCAAACGGCUGCUGAAAUGUCAUGGGUCAAAUCAGUGCUUCUAGAAUUGGGAAUAUCAGUGAAACUUUUUAUGAAGAUGUAUUGUGAUAACAGAGCAACUACCUACAUUGUAAAUAACCAUGUUUUUCAUGAGAGGACGAAACACAUUGAAGUGGAUUGCCAUUAUGUUCGAGACUUGGUACAAGAAAGAGUCAUUAGCACAAUUCAUGUUUCCUCCGAAGAUCAAGCAACUGAUAUGUUUACUAAUACUCUUUCCAUUGGAGAUUUCUUGAGAUGAUGUAACAAGCUGAGCAUGAUUGAUAUCUAUGCUCCAGCUUGAGGGGGAGUGUUAAAGUUCUUUUUAGAGUCAGUUUGAGGCUUUCUGUAAUAUUAGAAAGUGGACUAGGGACUACUUAUUGUUUUCUUAUAUUUUAGUGGACUGAAAUUGUAAAUAUGUAGUCUUUACCCUAAUCUCUUUUAACCUGAGAUUAGGGUUACGUGAUCAAUAACAGAAACGACUCUCUCUCUCUGAUUACGACAACCUCCAAAUUGAGUGAUCUUUGGUUUGCACUCUAUAGACACAUGGAUCAUGCUGCCAAUGUUAUUUGUAUCGUACGAUACGGACGCGUAUCGUACGAUACGUAUCGUCCAUAUCAACAAAAAUGAUACGAUACGAGUUAUACGCACGAUACGCGUGCGUAUCGCACGCGUAUCGCCCGUACUGUGCGAUACGGUCACCGUAUCGUACGAUACUGGGUUAAAAUGAAAAAGGGGCACGACAGCCCCUUUUUUGCGUCUUCUUUUUAAAACUACGCUCCUCUCUCUCUCUUCUAUUGAUUCUAAACACUGCAAUAGACGUGGGAGGGAGAGAUUUUCUCCAUUUGCAUCAAGAUUUGCGGUGAAGAAGCUUUAUUUCUUGUUGUGGGGAGUCUCGGGACGGUGGGAAGCUUGGAGAAAGAGGGUUUUUUAGUUUCUAACACCAAGAAGGUGAGAAAUAACUCAUUUUUGCUGUUGAAUCAUUCAUUUCUCUUAUUUCCUACAUUUAUUUGUAUGUUUUUACUUGUUUUGUGAAUAUAUAAUGUCAGAUCCUGCAUGGCUGUGGUGUACAAGGGUGAAUCCCAAAGAUAGGUUAAGAAUUAAGUGCAAUUAUUGUAAGCAAAUCAUAUCAGGAGAGCUCUCUCGCUUUAAAAACCAUAUAGCUGGUACACACAACGAUGUGGCUGCUUGCAAUGGCUCCCAAGAGAACCCAUUGCCAGCGUAUGUAAAGCACCAGUGUAUGGAGCUUCUUAAUGCAGUGAAAGCAAAUAGGAUUGAAAAAGAAAUGCAAGAUGCAGAGGAAGGAUAUGGGGACCCACAUGCACAGGAAGAAAGUGAAGGUGAAGACGUUGACCUUGAAGAAGAACAUGUUGGUGUCAGUUUGGGAACAGCUAAAGGGAAAGACAUUAUGCAUACAGGUGGUUCUUCAAGUGCAACCAAAAAAAGAAGAGGUGUAAGUACAGGUUUACGAGGACGUGGCAGGAGUGGGGGUCGUACUGGUGUUGGUAGAGUACCUACUAUGAAGUCAAGUAAUAUGUCUGGUUCGAUCAAGAAUUUUUUUCCCAAUUAUACUGCUGUUGGUGCUCAGCCUGAGAUUCGUACGGCCAUGUGUUCAAAAGAUAUUAUUGAAGCAGCAGAUGAAACCAUAGGAAGGUGGUUCUAUGACGCAUCCAUUCCUUUCAAUGCAGCAAACUCUUUUCAUUUUCAGGCUAUAGCAGAUGCGAUUGCUACUGUAGGCCGAGGGUAUAAAAUCCCCUCUUUUCAUAAAUUGCGAGGUAAAAUUCUCUACAAUGUAGUUAGAGAUGUCAAGGCAUAUUGUGAUGAACUGAAAUUGAGCUGGAAAGCUACAGGAUGCAGUGUAAUGGCAGAUGGGUGGACAGACAUCAAGAACAGAACAUUGGUAAACUUCCUUGUAUAUUGCCCCCUUGGUACUAUGUUCUUAAAAUCUGUUGAUUUGUCUGAUACUCCUAUGACUACUGAUGUUUUGUUUGAGCUUUUUGAUAAAGCUAUACAAGAAGUUGGGCCUCAAAAUGUCGUGCAAUUUAUCACUGAUAAUGCAGUAAAUUAAAAAGCUGCAGGUGAAAUGUUAGCAGCACGAUAUAGGACAUUUUAUUGGAGUCCAUGUGCUGCUCACUGUGUAAAUCUUAUGCUUCACGAUCUUGGUGAAAGAGAUGAUAUGAAGUUGACACAGUUCAAAGAUGCCAAGAAAUCACGAAGUUUAUUUAUAAUCAUGUUUAUGUCUUGAAUUUGAUUAGGAAAUUCACAAAUGGGGCUGAAUUAAUUCAGACCUACACAAACACGGUUUGCUACAAAUGUUUUGACUGUGCAGGGUAUAGUCAAGCAAAGAACUCCUCUCAUGCAGAUGUUUUCAAGUGAUGAUUGGGCUGCAUAUCCACAUGCCUAUAAAAGAAAGACUACGACAGUUGUGGAUACCAUCUUCGAUGCUGACUUUUGGAAAUCAUGUGUGCACUUAUUGAAGAUUUGUGUACCUCUAGUAAAAGUCCUCAGAUUAGUUGAUAGUGAAGAUAGGCCUUCUAUUGGAUAUUUAUACGAGUCUAGUCUAUGGACAGAGCCAAAGAGGCCAUUAGAGAUAAUAUGAAGGGAAAAAAGAAGUUGUACAUGCCUAUAUGGUAGAUUAUAGAUGAAAGGUAGUCUGGACAACUUCAUCGUCCACUUCAUGCAGCAGCCUACUACCUAAAUCCUGCUAUUAUAUAUCUUCUCACUUUAAAGAAGGACAGAGAGGUCGAGUAUGGCAUGUUGGAUUGUGUUGAGGUAUUAGUAAGUGAUUAUAAAGAACAAGACACUAUCCAUAUGUCGAUCAACAAAUAUGAUACGGCUUCUGGUAGCAUGGGGAGAGACACAGCAAUUCGAUGCAGAUCAACUAUGCGUCCAGAUUUGUGGUGGAAAAGGUUUGGGCCUGAUUGCCCAGAAUUAAGGAAGCUUGCAAUUAGAAUCCUCAGCCAAACAUGUUGUGCAACUGGAUGUGAAAGAAAUUGGAGUGUAUUUCAGCACAUCCACAAUAAAAAGAGGAAUAGGUUGGAACAUAAAAGGUUAAUAUGAAGUUGAGACAAAGGCAAUUAGAAACAACAUCUACGAGGAAGCAUCACACUCAAUAUGAUCCUAUCAACAUUGACCAUUUUGAUAUAUUAGAUUCUUGGGUUGAAGAAGAACAAUCUGUAAUACUUGAUGACCUUGAGGACGAUCUUGAUUUUUUGAACCUUGAAGGAGUAGCAGAGAUUAUUGAAGGAGAGGCUGGAGAGCAAUGGAAUGUUGGUGACAUUCUAUUUCCAACAGAGGGGAUAGAAGCACUUAAUGAAGAAAAUGAAGAUGAUCAUGAAGAUGAUGAUGGAAAUGACGAUUGACGAGGAUUGUUGUUGUCAAAACUUGAAUUGAAUGAAUCAUGAUUGAUAACUAUAUGUUUUCACUUUUGAACUUAUGAAUUGUGAUGUAAUCGAAUUCUC